AUGUCAUCUUUCAACGAUCCUGAGAUCUCUAUGGAUACUCUACCGUCAGAACUUCUGGAACAUAUUGUCGAAGAAUUCACAGUGGACCCCAAGCAUGAUCAUCAAACCCUCGCCAAGUGUAGCCUCGUUUCCCGUGCAUUCCGCGCGGCUGCCCAACCCCGGCUCUUUCGGUCGAUAUCCUUGAAGACACAAGACGAGAACACUCAAAAGCUCAUAACGGCGCUGAGUGACAGCCCCGACCGUCUAGCACUACACGUAUCCAGGCUCGAAAUGACGCCCUCAACUUUCAAGUCAUGUACCGUUUGUACGGUUUCCGGAGGACGAUGGGUGCCGGGCUGUUUGGAUAAUUUGCCUGCGUGCCGUACUUGGGCUCGCGUGAAGCUUCCAAACCUUGUCCAUUUGGUUCUGGAAUGCGGACUCGGCGGCGGUAGCUGUCUGAGCGACCGCUGGGGCCACUUCCCCGUUGCAAUACAAAAUUGGAUCCUCGAUAUUUGCACCGGGAAAACAGAAGCUCGCCUCCAAUCACUCGACAUUGAAUAUUUGCGGAAUCUGCCCCCCUCAAUCCUCCAGACGGGCCCAACCCUCAAACAGCUCCUUUUUACAGACGCAGCCUUUGACCCUGAGAAGCUGCGGGAUCUUCGGGGCGCUGCUGAAAGCAAUGAUAGCGACCAUGGAUGGACAAACCUAUGUCGGCCUAAACGAUAUUGUCAGAGGUCGAAAAGCUCCUCGUUGAAACUUGACGCCAUUCCCGACGAUCCCCAAGAUCUCCGGACAACAAACGACGUGUUGAAGGCGUCCGCAAACUCCGUCAAAACAGUUGAACUUGGCAUACAUGCGAGCUUUGACCCAGCAGUCACCCCGGAGCCGUACAACCUCAGUGGAAUGCGGAAUUUGGCUUACCUCAUUUUCGACACCAAGAAUUCGUUUUCCUGGAGACAUAUUUCUGCCAUAUCGAGCACCCUCGAUACUCUCAACGCCGGCAUACCCCUGAAACAUCUCAAAUUGCGGUUUGCGGACGACUAUUUACUUGACCCUUACGGAGGGUCAAGGCCGGUCAUGUUUUUGGCCCCCCUCAAAGCUGAAGUUGCCAGGGCUUGGAAGAACCUCGACGGGGCCAUUUCAUCCCUUACUCGCCGUUGUCAAUCGACAUUCUCGGAAGUCUAUGUUGGCUUUCCGGUCGGGUCUAGGCUAUCAAAUUCGACCAACUCGGGGGAAUGGGUAAAACGUCGUCGCGAGAUCCAGGAAAAGUUCGUCCCUUCUACGGAGCUGCUACCCGAAACUUCGAAGAUCAAGAGGAUUCUCUUCGAGUUCAGGGUUACGGACUAG